AUGCAGAAAGACUUUGAGAUUGGGUCUCUGCAGUAUGCAACUCACGAGUAUAAUGCUAGCGAGAGCGUCUCAAAAUUGGGAUCAGGAUCUAACUCGCAGACUGUAGAUGAGCUGAGCGGGGUUAAAUCGGAAGAGAUGUACUCAAAGACGUUCGACGUUCCUUUGACGACGAAAACAGAGUCUGCAGGGAGUAUUUUCACGGCCGGCGAGUCGCGCGUGGAAGAAGUCAAAAGAGAGCUGAAACCUCGGCAUGUGACGAUGAUUGCUCUUGGGGGUACAAUUGGUACCGGUCUGUUCAUCAGUAUCUCGGAGCCAUUGAAGGAUGCGGGUCCGGUGGGGGCUCUGAUUUCCUACAUUUUCAUGGGUUCAAUUGCCUAUAGUGUAACCCAGUCGCUAGGAGAAAUGGCCACUUAUAUUCCGGUGGCAUCCUCAUUCACGGUGCUGACGCAAAGAAUAUUGUCACCCGCUUUCGGAGCAGCGAACGGGUACCUAUACUGUUUUUCGUGGUGCAUAACAUAUGCGUUGGAACUGUCGAUCGUGGGUCAAAUCAUCCAGUACUGGACCAAAGCCGUUCCUCUGGCGGCCUGGAUCAUCAUUUUCUGGAUACCCAUUACCUUUGCCAACUUGUUCCCCGUGAGAUACUACGGGGAGUUUCAAUUCUGGAUUGCCAUUAUUAAAGUUUUAGCGAUUGUGGGCUUCAUUAUUUAUUCUUUUUGCAUGGUCUGCGGCGCUGGCAAGACAGGCCCAGUUGGGUUCCGUUACUGGAGAAACCCUGGACCUUGGGGUAAUGGGAUAAUUUCCAAGAACAUAAGUGAAGGAAGAUUUCUCGGUUGGGUUUCAUCCCUAAUUAACGCUGCAUUCACCUAUCAGGGGACAGAGCUGGUAGGGGUAAGCGCAGGUGAAUCUAAGAACCCACAAAAGACCGUACCCAAGGCUAUCAACAAGGUUUUUUUCCGGAUUUUACUUUUCUACAUUAUGUCACUGGCUUUCAUCGGCCUGCUCGUUCCCUUUAACGAUCCAAAACUCAACUCUGAUACGACAUUCAUUUCCCACUCGCCUUUUGUCAUCGCUAUCGAGAAUUCAGGUACCAAAAUUCUUCCAGAUAUCUUCAAUGCAGUGAUUCUGGCCACCAUUAUUUCUGCGGCGAACUCUAACGUCUACGUGGGCUCACGGGUGCUAUUCGGUUUAUCUAAGAGCAGAUUGGCCCCCCGCAUUUUCUGUAAGGUGACCAAACAGGGAGUGCCGUACGUCGCGGUAAUGACAAUUGCGCUGUUCGGGUUUCUAGCCUACCUAGACACCUCUGAGAGCGCUGCCCAGGCGUUUAAUUGGUUGCUGAACAUCACUGCCAUUGCUGGAUUUUUCGCAUGGCUGUUCAUCUCCCUCUCGCAUAUACGAUUCAUGCAGGUACUCAAGUCCAGAGGCAUGUCCCGCGACUCGCUUCCUUUCAAAGCAAAAUUCAUGCCUUGGGGUGCCUACUACGCUGCGUUUUUCAUCACGCUUAUCAUCAUCAUUCAAGGCUUUACGGCUUUUGCUCCUUCCUUUAACGUGUCCGACUUUUUCGCUGCAUACGUGAGUGUGUUCCUUUUCUUUGUUAUCUGGGCCAUCUUCCAGUGUAUGUAUCGCUGUAGAUUGAUCUACAAAAUGUGCGACGUAGAUAUCGAAUCUGAUACAAGGAGCGCAAAUGACUUAGAAGACGAGGAAGAAGAAGAAGUCCCAACGACUCUGUGGGCACGUUUUUGGGCUGCCGUCGCUUAG